GUCACCGUCUCGUCAAUUCACAACCAUUCACAGCUCUUUUACAUCUCUCCCCAUCCCUGGCAAUGUCCAAGUCGUUCUCAGCCACCUACCUCCCCACAUCGACAGAACCCUCCCCUACCGCCAUCGCCCCCCCACCAGACACUCCAUCGCCGGCCGCUGGGCCGUCAUCGGGCGGUCAGAAGAAAUUGCAAGGAUGGCAGCAUUCUGUAGCGGGAAGGUAAGUCACAUCAUUACUGCCCUGCUCGAAAGGUGCUGACCCGACUUGCUCAGUCUCGGCGGAAUGACUGGUGCCAUCGUCACAUCUCCCUUCGAUGUCGUCAAGACCCGGCUCCAAUCCGACAUGUUUCGGCAUUCGUCUGAGGAAAGCGUGCGCAAAGCUGCCGAAGGUGUGGCCAAGGGCCAAGCUGGCAAGGGUCUCGGCGCAAUUGGAGGCGCGCUAUAUCAAUUUGUCGACACUGUCUACCUGAUCAAGCGGAUAGGCGUCGAGGAGGGCUGGCGGGCCCUCUACAAGGGUCUUGGUCCUUCCCUUGCCGGUAUCAUCCCAGCACGAGCUAUCAAUUUUUACUUCUACCCAACCUCCAAAGCCUACCUUGCUUCUGCCUUUCCCAACGCUCCCGCCGAAACACGGCAUGACGGAUCGCGAGGCCGCGCAGAAGACUCGCCGCUGGUGCACCUGGGAGCGGCGGUGGUGGCGGGUAUCAUGACGAGCACGGGGACGAACCCGAUCUGGGUGGUGAAAACGAGGCUGCAAUUGUCGGCAAAGAGGAGGGAGGUUGCACCUGUGGCGUCGGCGGUUGGAGCUGGAAAGGGAGCGGGCAUUGGGAGCAGUGGGGUCCUGCCAAAACCCAUCGCAAAGAGCGCUGCUGCUCUUGCUACAGGCUCUGUCACUGCCGCUGCGCCAGCAGCUAUCGCUGCCAAGUCAUCAUUGACACCGGCGAUCGAGAUGACCAUGGACAUUAUCCGGAAAGAGGGCUUCCGCGGACUUUACAAGGGUCUGUCGGCGAGUUACCUCGGUGUGUCUGAGGGUGUGAUUCAAUGGGUUCUUUACGAACGCUUCAAACGCCUCAACAACACCUCCCCUCUCGAAUCUCAACCCCUUCUCUCCUACAUUCCUCACAUCGUUGGUGCCUCCGGUGGCGCCAAGGCCGUCGCUUCUCUCAUCACCUAUCCGCACGAGGUUAUCCGUACCCGACUUCGUCAACCCAUUCCCGCUGGCACCGCGCCCAAGUACACUGGUCUGCUCCAGACGCUGAAGGUGGUCAUGAGGGAGGAGGGGGUGAGGAGCUUGUAUGGCGGGUUGACGGCGCACAUGUUUAGGGUUGUGCCGAAUGCGGCGUGCAUGUUCUUGAUUUACGAGCUGGUGGCUGCCAAGCUGGGGGCGUAGAGUGACUCAAGGGAGAGGCAAAGGAGAGAGAUAGCAGGAGAGGGAGAGACAGGGAGAGUAGAGCAUCAUAGAGCAUUUAGACAUUAAUCCACCGCUCCAAAAGUCAAUCAUUCUCAAUUCACCACUUUGAUUUUGCUUAGCAUCUUGUCUAUAUGUUAACUUGGAAUUGGAUGUAUGUACCGGUGUACUUUUAUAGAUAUGAUGUAUGCCCGCAUAACCAAGUCGC